AUGGAACUUAAUAAGACCCUAAAGUGGGGACCUGAAGUUACCCAACAACAGAACACCAAAGUCUGUGUCACAGAGAUCACACAUGACAGUUAUGAGGAAAAGAAGAUUCUUUUGGAGGAAAUCUCAGAAACAUUGAGAAAACAAGCCCUCAUGCUUAAGACAGAACCAUGUGCAACUCUGUUCUAG